AUGGCUUGUGCCGUUGAAGUCGGAGGGAAGAAACGUUUGGUAACUUGGCACAAUGUAAUCAACGAAGACGAUAAAGCUAAGCCAAUAAGAUUGCAUCGGUGUUCAAAAGAGUUUUUUAAUGACCAGAAAAACUAUCGGUUCGAAAUGUCACAGGUCGAGCAAAUUGAAAGUUGCUCGUUCAUUUCAUUACUACGAGGCGACGCACCGACGCCAAAGAAAGAUUUUGAAAUACUUAAGUUGAAAGUUCCAGAAAGUGAUGAAAAGAGUAAGGAUGUCUUUGCAUACUCAUUCACCGGAUGCAAAGAUACCGUAAAAUUCACUUUCAAGUACGACUACGACAGGGGAAAGCACGAACUUAAUUCUCCUGUCAAGGAUUGUAUAUGCGAAAAAUCUUUUAUCCUUGGAUCCCCAAUCAUUACAGACAAGGACCAAGUCAUUGGUGUCGUGGGAGAGGAUCUUGAUGGACGACUUUUUCCCUACUUCUUAACAGACACAGAAGUUGGUAAGUAAAGAUGGCUGAAACAGAAGUCUCAAAAAGUUAGUUCUGUUGUGUCGGUUGUGGCCCUCAUCUCUCAUAUGCAAUUGAAAAAUCUGAGAAACUCUUGAUUGGUUAAAUAAAGACUUUCUUCUACGAAUGCGCUCCAAGGUGAGAUCAGUAAGGUUGCCAUGUGACAAGAGGAGAUAAAAUAUGGGGGCUAAAGUUGCCACAUUAGUUGCCGAAUUUUUGAGCUGCAGUGUUCAUAUUAUAUCUUGGCUAUUAUUUUUAUUUAAAGGAGUGCUUCGUCAUUUGUGUUUAGAAAAUUUCAGAUGCCUUUUCCCCCUUGGUUAAUGUAGUGAUAUACUUUGAGAUAUCACGUGAAUCUUCAAAGUGGAACGAGCUAGUUUAUUUUUCUGGCCUUUGAACUAAGUAGCGAGCAUUUCAAGAUUUGAGGUUGUCAAAUGGUUACUGUGCGUAUACUUACAGUUGAACAGUUUUAAAUGUCAAGAUUGUUGUUUGAAGUAGUUAAAAGAGCAGACACUAACCACCUUCUCAGUAUUUAUUUGAUUAAAACAUGCAACCAAAAAGCAGGACACUCCAGACCAAGAAAGGAAGAGGGCUGUGUUAUGUUUUUUUUUGUUCUUGGAAAAAAAAAUGGAAUGUAUGAAAGAAUUACAACAAUGUUACUUCUGUCAAACGCCAACAGUACAAUAUUAACAGUAGAGAUGAUAGUUGGCAUUUACAAACAAAACAGAAAGAGUUUUAAGCCCUUUGAGCUUUUUCCCAAAUUAAUGAAACAAGUCAAAUACACUAUAAAUCCAAUAAGUUUAUUUGUAAAACACAAUUUUUCAGUGUAUAUUCAAUUAUGAUUCUUCUUUUUUCAUAAAAGGUAUGUGUGGAACAGAACAUCAAGAAAAGAAACCUAGUGAGACCCAAGAUAUCCCAGAUGCCUCUGGUAUGUAAUUUCAAUGUGUGUAGUUUAAAUGUACAUUAAAAUGACUUGAUCUAUUCUUGAUUUUUACAUAAAUUUUUGUAGCUACAUUUAUCAUACAAUUUGUGUCGAAUUCAUUAAUCAAUAAUUGAUUAUUAUUGAAGUCCCAGCCCCUGAAAUCUUCCUUGCUAUUUUGAAUGGUUAUGUAGUCAUGUGUUAACUAUAAAAUUCCACUUAUUAAAGCCCCCCCCCUCCACCAAUUUAAGGCCCCCUCCUGGUUACUAUAAGGUCCAUCUACUUGUAUUAACAAAGAAAUACAUGCAGUUAUAAUUUAAGGCUCCCUCCUGGUCACUAUAAGGUCCAUCUACUUGUAUUAACAAAGAAAUACAUGCAGUUAUAAUCCCCAACAGACAUAAGCUCCCUCCUAAAACCUUCUCUUUCUUUCACUGUUGAGAAAUAGGAACUCUUUACGGCUUCAAAUAGAGAAUUUGAAAAUAUUUUUGCACUUUUUCUAUUCUGGUGAUAACCCCCUUAGAUAUGUGCCUCUGAUCCAUUUUAAUGAUAAAGUUUGGAUAUAAUUCACACUCCCAUGGUUGUAAGAGCAUACUCUAUAAUGGUACAAAACAUGGAGCUGAGCUAAAGUUGUCACGCUAAAGUUGUAAUAUGUCCAACCAUUUCCUGGACUUCUCUCUAGUCUCUCUUUGUUAAUUGAAAGUGAAAUUUCAGAGCAAGCAAGCGGUAAUUGAUGUUGUUGUAACAUGAGCAGAGACAAAAAUCCUCAGAGAGAAAAUGAAAUGGACUGUCCGAGUUUUUAAGGUUUUCACACUCAGUUAGUUAAGUAAGAUUAUUUACUGGUAGUUAUAAAAUUCAAACACAGCUAACAGAGUCUUAAUAUAUAGAGUUUCAUGUUCAAAAACAAAAGAGAAGAAAACAGGAAUGAUGAAAAAUACAACCAAAGUGGCAUAACUGUUAAAAUUCAUACAAAUCAUGAUGGUGCCAGAUGCUUUGGUCUAUCAAGGCUAUUUUAUCACGACAGUCUUCUGUCAUCACAGUGAAGUAGGCUGCAGAAAUUACAUUGUCCACCCUUCAAC